AUGGUAAGUGGAACAAUUCCUCUCGCCCUCCGUAGAGCGGACACAAUAGCCUUCAGAUCACCUCCAGCACGCCUCAACCACGUCUCCCUGGCUUCACUUGAACGCGCAAAAUCGCAUCUAGAACGCCUAGGCUACCACGUCAAGGUCAUAUCCAACGACUCCGAACCUGUCACCUUCAGAGACUCAAUCCUCCAGCGAUGCGAAGAGAUCCACGCUGCCUUCGCAGAUCAAUCAAUCAAAGCCAUCAUCUGCACCGUCGGUGGCAGUCACGCGAACGAGCUGUUACCGCACUUAGACUACGAGCUCAUCAAAGCGAACCCGAAGAUCUUUUGCGGAUACUCUGAUAUUAGUGUCUUGCAUCAUACCUUUUUCACACAGGCCGGUCUUCGAACCUUCUAUGGCAGCGCCGCCAUCACAGAGUUGGGGGAUUACCCACAGCCAUUGCCGUUCACAAUCGACCAUCUCUUCUACGCAAUCGGCCCCAUGCCAAGGUCCUUCAAAUGGGCCGUAAAAUUGCCUGACUUUGACACCGACUCCCGGCGACCUGGAGAACAAUCUCCAUCGCCCGGUCGGACAUGGCUACAACCUCGCAAAGCAACAGGUCGUAUCUUCGGUGGCUGUUUACCUCCCAUCCUCCAUUUAGCAGGAACCAAAUACUGGCCCGAUUACUGCGACAGGAUCCUGAUCCUGAUGCUCGAAAGUCCGAUGGGCGAGAGGAUAGAAGAUCCAUCCUCUCCGACAUCGACGCGAGCAAAGGUUAGCCUAGUGACUAUAGGUAUGACUGGCAGCUUACCAGAAGGUGUUAUAGAGACCAGUGACGACACCUCGGUAGGCGGGAUGGCACAUCUCCACGACGUAUACUGGACCACCGCAAGUAGCCAGCUGAGCCCCAAAGCCUAA